AUGUCUUCCUUUAUUACUAAUGGGCGCUACCCUCCUAUCCCUGGCGCUACCCUUGAUGAUGUGACCAGCGAGGAGAGGUCAAGUGCAAUUGACUUCGUCAACCGGCAUAACCUCAUCUUCGAAGAGUUUGACCAUCAAAAAAUGAUAAACACAUUCCUCCCCGACGCUGUCGUCUACCAUACUUAUGGCGUCGUUCGCGGCCACGAGAAUAUGAAGGACUUCUUGGAGAACAAGUAUGGAUUUUUCAUCCCCGGAGUCUCCCGCCAUGCCACCAACCACGUUGUGGAUCGUGAUCAAGACGGAGGUGUGAUUGGUGACGACCUGGCUGCUAUAAAUGGGCAUGAUGCCAUUAGGGAGGACGGCCUCCCGGCAAUCUGGUGGAUUGGAAGGAUCGUUGAUCAACUUAGAAUGACGCCGGAUGGCUGGAAGAUCUUUGAACGUCAUCUUGGAGCACCUUUUAGAGAUGGCAGACUGGACCCUAGCAAGGCCCCUAGUGUCAAGGAAAAGGAUCACGACCAUCAUGAAUAG